AUGGCGUCGUCGGAGGUAUCGAUCAAGGGUAAUUCGGUGAACGGAAAAGGAGAAAACAGUUGCGGUGGCUACAACAACGGCAACGAUGUUAGGAACGGUGGAGGAGAGGCUCAUAAUGUUUCUUCUUCAUCAUCCGCGAGAGACUCGGAAACUGCGCUUUACCGGGAGCUUUGGCACGCCUGCGCGGGUCCGCUCGUGACGGUGCCUAGAGAAGGAGAGCGCGUGUUCUACUUUCCCCAAGGACAUAUUGAGCAGGUGGAAGCGUCGACAAAUCAGGUAGCGGAACAGCAUAUGCCGGUUUACGAUCUACCACCCAAGAUCCUUUGUCGGGUCAUCAACGUCAUGCUCAAGGCGGAGCCAGACACGGAUGAGGUGUUUGCUCAAGUGACCUUGCUUCCUGAGCCAAAUCAAGAUGAAAAUGCGGUGGAGAAAGAGGGUCCUCCGGCUCCGCCUCCUCGGUUUCACGUGCAUUCGUUUUGUAAAACGCUGACGGCUUCCGAUACGAGUACUCACGGUGGGUUUUCGGUGUUGAGACGACAUGCUGAUGAAUGCCUUCCUCCGCUGGACAUGUCAAAGCAGCCACCUACCCAGGAGUUGGUGGCCAAGGAUCUACACGGGAACGAGUGGCGAUUCAGGCAUAUUUUUCGAGGGCAACCGCGCAGGCACUUGCUGCAAAGUGGUUGGAGUGUUUUUGUCAGCUCCAAGAGGCUGGUUGCUGGGGAUGCGUUUAUAUUUUUAAGGGGUGAGAAUGGGGAACUUCGAGUUGGUGUUAGGCGUGCAAUGAGGCAGCAGGGUAACGUUCCCUCAUCGGUUAUUUCAAGCCACAGUAUGCAUCUUGGUGUUCUUGCAACUGCUUGGCAUGCCAUAUUGACUGGAACCAUGUUCACCGUGUAUUACAAACCUAGGACUAGUCCAGCUGAAUUUAUAGUUCCGUAUGAUCAAUACAUGGAGUCUUUGAAAAACAAUUACACCAUUGGGAUGCGGUUCAAAAUGAGGUUCGAAGGUGAAGAGGCUCCCGAGCAGAGAUUUACCGGUACCAUUGUUGGAAUUGAAGAUGCUGAUCCCAAUAGGUGGCCUAACUCCAAAUGGAGAAGUCUGAAGGUACGAUGGGAUGAAACUUCUAACGUACCUCGUCCUGAGAGAGUUUCCCAAUGGAAAAUAGAACCUGCUCUCGCUCCUCCUGCUCUCAACCCUUUACCAAUGCCCAGGCCUAAAAGGCCUCGAUCUAAUGUGGUUCCAUCAUCCCCAGAUUCCUCUGUUCUUACUCGUGAAGCAUCUUCUAAAGUGAGUGUAGACCCUUUACCAGCAACUGGAUUUCAAAGGGUCUUGCAAGGUCAAGAAUUAUCGACCUUGAGAGGAAAUUUUGCUGAAAGCAAUGAAUCUGACACAGCAGAGAGGUCUGCGUGGUCAUCUGCUGCAGAUGAUGAAAAGAUUGAUGUUGUUUCCACCUCGAGAAGGUAUGGAUCAGAGAGCUGGAUGUCAAUGGGAAGGCAUGAACCAACAUAUCCAGAUCUACUUUCUGGCUUUGGGGCCCAUGGAGAUCAAUCUUCCCAUUCAGCCUUUGUUGAUCAAAAUGGUCCUGUAGCUAACCUAAGUAGAAAACAUUUUUUGGACCGCGAUGGCAAGCAUAGUGUUCUUAGUCCAUGGCCUGUAGUGCCAUCUAAUCUAUCAUUGAAUCUCUUGGACCCUAAUACAAAAGGCUCUGCUCAAGGUGGUGAUACAACGUGUCAGGUUCGAGGCAAUUUAAGGUAUAGCAGCGCAUUUGGUGACUAUACGGUCCUUCAUGGACACAAAGUUGAGCAUUCACAUGGAAACAUUUUGAUGCCACCGCCAGUGUCAGCUCAAUAUGAGAGUCCUCGUUCUAGAGAACUGUUACCCAAACCAAUAUCAGGAAAACCUUGUGAGGUAUCAAAACCGAAGGACGGCGGUGACUGUAAGCUAUUUGGCAUCUCACUUCUCAGUAGCCCCAUUGCACUCGACCCUUCUGUAACACAAAGAAAUGUUGCAAUUGAUCCAAUUGGUCACAUGCAUACUAUACCCCAGCAGCGUACAUUUGAAAAUGACCCGAAGUUUGCGACUUCUAGGGGUUCUAAACCGGCUGAUGGUCUGCUGAUUGAUGACCAUGAAAAACCGUCACAAACUUCUGAGCCCCAUUUGAAAGAUGUUCAACCCAAAUCUAAUAAUAGUGGUUCUGCUAGAAGUUGCACUAAAGUUCACAAGAAAGGGAUUGCACUUGGUAGGUCGGUGGACCUGACUAAAUUCAGUGCAUAUGAUGAAUUAAUUGGUGAAUUGGAUCAGCUGUUUGAAUUUGGAGGUGAAUUAACAUCUCCCCAAAAGGAUUGGCUUAUUGUCUACACUGAUAAUGAGGGCGAUAUGAUGCUUGUUGGUGAUGAUCCGUGGCAGGAAUUUGUUGCUAUGGUGCGCAAAAUUUAUAUCUACCCCAAAGAGGAGAUUCAGAAAAUGAGCCCGGGUACCUUGAGUUCAAAGAAUGAAGAGAAUCAAUCGGCUAGUGAAGGUGCAGACGCACAAGAAAGUAAAUGUCAGCUGAAUCAUUAA